AUGUCAAGCCAAGACGCAUCUACAGAGACUACCAGGGGGCAGAUCGUGAGCAAUAUUCUGCAAUAUUCGAUCGAUACCGGAGACCUCCAACGUGCCGAGCAGUUAUGCGCAGAGGAUGCCAUGAGCGUCCAAAAGCUGGAUCAUAUAUUGAGGCAGAACAUUGUAAAUGAGGCAGAGGAUUCGGCAGCCAACACAGCCAACCCACCAGCCAGGCCUGAAGACCACAACUUGCAGUGGUUUCUGAAGGACUUUGAGAUUGUCCGAUCCAUACAAGCGGACCCGCCUAGCUCGAACCAAGCUCUAAUGAUGAGAUUCGUCAUCCCACUUCACAUCCAGUAUAAGCGCCUGUCAGGCUUAUACUUCCAGGAGGCAGAGACUGGCAUAGAUUCUUCAGAAAGGGACCGUGUUCUGAGCCGCCUCUAUGUCGACGUUCCGACGACCUUUACCGAGUUUAACCGCAUCGUGGAGCCUCUAAGUGGGCUUAUUAUAUACCUGACAAAGGAAGAUAAAGUGGGCAAACCGGGUGACAUGGUACUGAUGGAGGUGGCGUUCCAGUUCAUAAAACACCGUGACAUGCUCCGCCUCUGGGCUGAUAGAUUCAAGCACCUGGAUAUGGACAGCUCGAGGUCUUCCAAUGCAGCUGAGUGGGAGUCCAAACUUUCUUUCGCGUGCUUCGGGAUGAUUACUGAUUUUGACAUUGCCGAAAAUGGCAAGGAAGACGGCAGGGUUGACCGAUUCUGUCUAAAGGAUCUCGAUAGAAUAUGUGACUGGCAGGGGCAUACUUUCGCGAAGGGAGUCAUCAAUGCGAAAGUAGAGCACGUCCUGGCAGGGGGUUCACUGGGAUAG